UCGAGAAAAAAAAAAGGAAAAAAGAAUAGACAAUCGUAUCUUUUGAUCGGACAUUUAUGCACGAAUGCCAUCGAGGAACGGUGAAAAGUGAAUAUUGUGUGUAAGAAAACACGUCUGGGACACAAGUUUUUUUCUUUUUUCUAGUUUUUGUGUGCGUGUCUGCUCACUUAAAGCCAGCACGUGAAUAUAUCGCUAUUGGCAACAAGGACACUUGGUUGAUUUUUGUUGGGACUAUUGUGCCAAUCAGUUUUGCUGGUUUAAAAAAAAAAAAAAAAUGUUGGUCACAUUGCUGUUACACUGUUGGUAAACAUAUUUUUGGGUUGCAGUUAAGGGUGAAAAUCAAGAUUCAUAUAUUUGUGGGCCGUCACAGGAUAAUGUUGGGGAUUUGCGGUCUCGAUUCAAGCUGUUACAAGCAGAAGUGGCAGUGCUGCAGCGGUGCCUUCGCGACUCCAUCGACCUACAAAAAGACAUGAUGGACCGCUUGGCACAUCAAGAGUGUACCGUACCUGUUACCCCACAAUCAGCUCCCCAAGCCAGCUCAACGCCUUACAGUUUGGCACAGUCUAAGUCGACAGCCCCAAGGUCAGUGCCAGUCAAUGUACCUUAUAGUAAUGUACCUGCAUUUGUUCAGCCACUCACUGUGGAUAUGAGUGCAACAACAAAUUUACUUACUACUAUGCUUCACCAAUCACGUCUUGAGCCACCAAUGUUUGCUGCAGAUGGUUCCCUGAAUCCUGAGGAAUGGCUUCAGUCACUUAAUGUAUACAGGACCUCUUUGGAUCUCACGGAUGCCCAAAUUCUCCUUGAGCUCCCACGUUUUCUGUCAAAGGAGCCAAGAAAAUGGUUUGCAGCACUUAGCGCACAUUUAACCACUUGGAAUCAGUUCUGUGAGUUCUUUAGGACAGUCUUUCUGCCUUCGGACAAUCAAGAACGUAUCCUGAGGGGCAUUUUGGACCGUAUGCAGAUGCCUAAUGAGCCACUGCCGACUUUUGUCGCUCACAUGUUGGGUGAGUUUCGUAAGCUAAAGUCCCCUCCGCCUCAACUGGAGCAAAUAGACUUGAUACGGAAACAUGUGCUUGAGAAAUAUAGAGUCGCUCUUUAUGGCACACCCAUACCAUCAGUAAUGGACCUUCUUUUGCGGGCUCAUGAGCUUCAUGCAGUCCUUGGCCCAAGUGUUGGGUGUCCUCCUCUGAGACAAGCUAGCAGUACGCCCUCAAGGGAUGUUCACUGUUUUAAGUGCUCUUUGCCAGGAUUCACCACUCGUACAUGCCCAAAUUGUAGUCCAGGAGGAAAGCCACGUUUGUCUCCAAUGGAGCCCCCUGAACUCCCAAGAGAUACAGUGAAUAUAGUGUCAGAAGUGGAACGGAUGCGUGGCUCUGACCAAGCCACUGGUGAAGGAAAUGUCGUCUCAGACUUUGCCCAGAGGGGAAACUUCAGGGGAGGGAGGACGUUCAGACGGGGCAAUCCUCCCUCCAGAAGAUAGUUGUGCCUCGCUUACCUGAUGAUUCCAUGAGUGAUCAACCUGA